CCACUGUGUCUGAAGCCGCCAGAGAGAAGAUGAUCUUCGGCGGUGACCAGAAAGAGGCCGACUUGUACUUGCGUGCCAUCGAUGAAAUCCAGCGGUCAAUGGAGUCGCCCACGCUCUCCGAUGACCAGAGCAAGGCCAACUACUCGAUCCAGAUUGCCAAAUCAAAGCUUUUGCUUCUCGAAUUGGUGAUUUAUUAUGGUAGAGGAGACGCGAAUCUCCCCACUCUUGAUAGUCUAUUCGAGUAUGUUGAUGAAGCAGGACUGGAUAAUCUUGACGGGGACGAUGAGCCUACACCGCAAAGCAACGGCGUCGACGUGGAGGCAGGUGAGCCCGAGACCUAUCGAGGUCCGGACAAAGGUAAAAAAAUAUAAAUCAGAUUUAUUUGUUUAUCAUUUUGACAAAGACACAAAAGAUGGCAAAGUUUAUGGAACUUGUAAACAUUGCGGGACCGUCAUAAAAAUGGGAGUUUCCGGCGGUUAUGGCGGUCCGGAAAAACACCUAAGGUCGAGGCAUCCCGUGGAGUACGCCAAAUACGAGGCCAAAAAAAAGGGACGACAAGAAGUGCAAACCCAAAUGGGGGGCUCGUCUUAUUUCGAGAUCCUAGAAGAUGUUCUGUAAGUCUAAGGGUAAAAAAAGCAUAAGUUUUGCCAGAGAUAUCAACAUUAGAUGGAAUAGUACUUACAAAUUGAUUGCACAGAUCCUAAGAUAUAAAGAAGAACUUGCUGAAUUUUUUAGGGAUGAACUUCGUAUAAUCAUUAAUCCUUUUGAAUUUGUUAUUGUUGAAAAAUUGAAUGCCGUAUUAGAAGUUUUUAAUAACGCAACUCUUACUUUUUCCCAUGUUUACCAACCAACUACAAAUACAUUUUUUAAAGAGUGCAUUACAAUUGCAACAUGUUUUCGUGAAAGUAUGGCUGAUCCAGAUUUGUACCCUUAUGUCUCUCAUAUGAGAGAUAAAUGGUGUACUUAUUAUUUGUACAUUCCUGAUAUUUAUAAAAUAGGUAUUAUUUGUGAUCCACGAUUUAAGAUUGAAAAUUUUAAAAUUCUAAUUGAGUAUUACUACAGUUGUUUUUUUAGAUAAAAAUAGUUAUUACUACAACUAUUUAGUAGAAUGGAAAAAUGAAAGAGAUAAUGCUAUAACUCUUUUUGAGGAUUUGUUUAAGGAAUAUCAAGGGUUAUNAGUUCAAGUGGUACAACAGUAAGCUCGCACAACGAACUUGCUAUGUACCAGGGUGUGCCAUGCGAUUACGAUGACGACGAUGUCGAUUUUGACGUGCUCGGAUGGUGGAAGCGGAACGAACACAUGUUCCCAUGUCUCGGCAUGCUAGCAAGACAAGU